GCUUCAGUUCAUCGCUUUGGCCCACAAUGCAACGCGCGUGUGUCAUGGCUGCUCACUGAUACCUCUUUGGCCACAUGGGUAGAUUAAAAACAUUUUCUACGGGGUUGAAGCAGUGACUCGGUUCUGUAGGUGAGCUCUCGUCAAGUCGGAACCGUCCUGCCCGCGGGUUCCAGUGUUCGGCCGUCAUGCCGCUCGGUGUGGAGGUCCCAGUCCUCAGAGGCUUCCUGACAGCCGGGGAGGCUGCGGAGUGGAAGCAGCGCAUCGCGGAUCUGGCAGAGACGGGCUCUCUGCUGCAGUCCUUAGUGGAGGGGGACUUUGAAGCAGUUUUGCUGAGCCCCCAGGUCUUGGAUCUGCUCACCGGAGAUGGCAGCUGCAGUGAGGAGGAGGACGUUGAGUCGUACCUGGAGAGGCGGCUGCUCCUGUAUCUAACUGAUGGCUUUAACGACACCCGGACCAACAGGGAGCUGGCGCUGAUGGCCCUGGCUGUGUCCUGCCUCCACAUGUUUGCUCAGAGUAACUGGACCGGCCCUCCRGUUUCUCUCCAUGCGUGCGACUCACUGCCUCCAGCCCUGCUGUCCUCUCAGGUACCACACCGUCUCAUCGCUGACUCCUGCUUUUGUGUUGUCUGUCAUCUUAUCUCCUGCAGCGUUUAGUUUACUGGUCUGCUGGUAAGCUGGUCUGCUGAGAAAGACCUCUUCACAAGUGCCUUUUUUAAUACAUCAUCUUUUCUUUGUAUUUUAUAAACAGAUCUAGAAACCAUACAGAUGAUUAAAUAAACCCUUAUUAAUCUGC